CUGAUAGAUAUAGGUAUGCCGGUGAUGCACAAAAACGUGACGUACAACUGCAGAGUGGCCUUUCUGAAUCGGCGAGUUUUGCUGAUCAGGCCGAAAAUGCGGCUCUGCGAGGACGGCAAUUACAGGGAAAGCAGAUGGUUCUCUCCUUGGACGAAAGAACGUACGGUCGAGGAUUAUUUUCUACCGCGGAUGAUAUCGCAAGUCACCAGUCAGACCGUGGUGCCGUUCGGUGACGCAGUUAUCGCCACGAGAGACACAUGCGUCGGUUUUGAAAUAUGCGAGGAACUUUGGCAUCCAGCCAGCAAUCACAUUCCAAUGUCAUUGGACGGCGUGGAAAUCAUUGCGAACGGAAGCGGCUCGUACUUCGAGUUACGUAAAGCCUACGUCACGGUGGACCUCGUUAAAUCGGCCACUUUCAAGGCCGGCGGUUGCUACAUGUUCAGUAAUUUGCGCGGAUGCGACGGCGGCAGGCUCUACUUCAACGGCGGCUCCAGCGUCACGCUCAAUGGCAACAUAUUGAAUCGCGGACGGCAAUUCGCUCUCGAAGACGUGGAAGUGACCGUCGCCACGUUCGAUCUUGAGGAUAUAAGGAAUUAUCGAAACAGCAUCAGAUCGCGAUCGCACGCGGCAGCUGCAUCGCUUAGUUAUCCGCGCGUGAAGGUCGACUUUGCGCUGACCCCGAAAAAUCUCGUCUCGAAUCCACCGGAUCGACCGCUGGACGGAGUUCAGGAUAUAUACGGUGACGAUGACGAGGUCUCGGGUAUCGUAUAUCACACCCCGGAAGAAGAGAUCGCGAUGGCACCCGCAUGCUGGCUGUGGGACUAUCUAAGACGAUCUUGCCAAGGUGGAUUUUUCUUACCAUUGAGCGGUGGCGUCGAUUCAUCGUCUUCGGCAUGCAUCGUUUAUUCGAUGUGCGAAAUGAUCGUCGAAUCGGUCGGUAGAGGAGACACGCAAGUCUUAGCGGACAUCAGGAGGAUCAUUGGCGAUUGCGAGUACGUACCAGUCGAUCCGAAACAAUUGUGUAACACUCUUCUGGUCACGUGUUACAUGGGAACGGAGAACUCGUCAGCGGAGACCAAAGCCCGAGCAGCUGAGUUAGCCAGUCAAAUAGGGUCCUAUCAUCAUGGGAUAGUCAUAGAUACCGCGAUAUCUGCGAUUUUAGGGAUCUUCCAGCAGGUUACUAAAUUGACACCGAGGUUCAAAGUGCAGGGUGGAUCGCCGAGGGAAAAUCUGGCCUUACAAAAUGUACAGGCUCGGUUGCGAAUGGUAAUCGCUUACUUAUUCGCUCAAUUAAUGUUGUGGGUCAGAGGCCGUCCGGGUGGUCUUCUAGUAUUGGGAAGCGGUAACGUGGAUGAAGCCUUACGUGGUUAUCUCACUAAAUAUGAUUGCAGCAGCGCUGACAUCAAUCCUAUCGGUGGCAUUGCGAAGAAUGAUUUAAAAAAAUUUCUCAUAUAUUUUAGACGCAAACACGGAAUAUCCGCUUUGGAUAAUAUCUUGGAGGCACCACCCACCGCGGAACUGGAACCGCUCCAAGCGGGACAGCUCGCGCAAUUGGAUGAGGUGGACAUGGGCAUGACAUACAAGGAGCUAUCGGUCUUCGGACGGUUGAGAAAACAGAAUCAGGCCGGGCCUUUUACAAUGUUCUGCAGACUCGUCCACAUGUGGGAUCAUUGUACUCCGAAAGAGAUUGCCGAUAAAGUGAAACACUUCUACAGAUGUUACGCUAUAAAUCGUCACAAGAUGACGAUAUUGACUCCAUCUUGCCAUGCGGAGACAUACAGCCCUGAUGACAAUCGAUUCGAUCACCGUCCCUUCCUCUAUAAUCAUGCGUGGAAGUGGCAGUUUGCGGCGAUCGACGAACAGGUGAAACGCCUCAGCAGCGAAGAGAAGCCGUUUACACCGCGUAAGGAUGCCCCAAAAGUGCCUGCCAAACCUAGAUACAUGCCGUUCAGCUCCGUAAUCAGCAGUGAGUAAAACAAAACAAGCGCGUUAACGAAGCACGUCGAGCACAACGCAUUUCGGCCGACGAAACCGUCAUAAUCGUCAAAAUAUUCGGCGAAAGCACCCACCCGUCGAAAAACCACCCACUUCCGGAGCUGCACGCAGGCAGGUCGAAAUGACCGGCCUCGAAAUUCCGUGCGCACCUAUACCGCCGCGCUUCUCGCUGCUUUUACCGAGGAAUCAUCACCGGCAUCAUUCUCUGUUGCAGAUAAGACGCAUCCUGGAGUAGUAGUUUAACCGUAGCACUCUCUUAUCAUUUUGAUAUUGCAGCGCUACGAUAUAUAUGGAUUUCGCUUUUCGCAGCGAUUCUGGGAUUUAUCGCCGAGUGGUUCGGUAUUAUUAUUAUUUAGGAAACGCACGUGAACGAGGAACGUUGGAUACAAUACUUUACAAAAUCUAAACUAUAUAAAACUUAAAAAAGUUAAGCUGUUAAUAAAGAAAAA